CUGAAGUACUCUAACUUGUGACCACUCUGAAGUCUGAACCAUUGAAGAACAUGGCGCACAAGGAGAAGAGCUUCGAGGAAGGAGAAGCCAUGGCGGCCGCUUCAUCGUCGCCAUUCUUCGCUCACCCAUCGUCGCUGCUGCGGCACGUCGUCCAUGGCUGCGCCGGCUACCUCUCCGGCCUCUGCCGUUCUCUCCAGAAUCUGAAACCAGCCGCUCCAUCUCUGAAACAAGAUCAGGCUGACGAGAAGGCUGUGGCUGUUGAGAAUGUUCAGAUCAGCACAAGAGCAGUGGCGACUCCACGGAGGCCACUUCUGAGAGAAGGAAACGGGGGAAAAGGCGGAGCACACCACAACGCCGGCUUUUAAUUAGCUUCAGUAAACACGGUUAUGUACAAUAAUAAGACCGGAUAAUCCAUGAGUUACUAUUCUCUCGAACAGUGCAUGUGGCUUUGAAUUUGAUGACUUGUCAUCCUGACUAGUGGUAAAUCAUCGAUCAAUAGCCAGAUAAAGCUUCAGGUUAUUGACCACUUUUUACUGAGCUGUACUUAAAUGAGUUCAGAGAUGAAUUACUCAGCUGGAACACCCCCAAUAUCUGAUAUACUGUUCAGU